CAAUUCACCUUCACCUCUUCACCUACCUUUGAAAUUCUCAUCAAGCAGUUCUUGCUCAGUUAGCUCUCAUCACUACCAAUCUUUAAAACCAAUGAAGAAAGUGGUGUUAAAGAUGGACUUACACGAUGACAAGAUCAAACGAAAAGCUAUGAAGACAGCAUCAGGCAUUUCAGGGGUUGAUUCAAUUUCUGUUGACUUGAAAGACAUGAAGUUGGUGCUAUUGGGUGAGAUUGAUCCAGUGAGUGCAGUAUCGAAGCUACGAAAAUGGUGUCACACAGAACUAGUUUCUGUUGGGCCAGCAAAAGAGGAGAAAGAAAAGGUGGAGCCACCAAAAGUACCUGUUCCUGUCUAUGAACCCUACCCCUUUUAUUAUUAUCCUUAUCAUAUCACACCACCAUUGUAUUCUUAAUUUUUUUUUUAACUAUGUUACAAGUUUCGGAGGAAUCCUAUGUAGAAAGUGGUUGUGUUACUUCAGCCGAUUUAGAGUGUUAGAAUGUCUCUGUUUAGAAGAGUCCUCGUCGUUUUUGUUGGUUUUACUUGUAUUUUUCGUGGUCUAGUAGAUUCAGGACCAUUGUGUUUAAUUAUUUUGCCAACUCGUAUAAAUAAGAUUUGAGGGGAAAAUGUUUUCUUCAUAAUA